CUUCAAACUAAUUAACACUGGAAACAUGAAGUAAAAGUACAAGUAUAGUACUUCAUUUGAGAUGGUAACUAUUCUGGUCAUAUCCUAGGACGCACGCGUUUCAGGACUUAGCAUUACGCAAAAAAUGUAAACUUAAACUUAUUUUGUAGGGUUUUAUAUUUGUUGCAGUGUUCCUCAUUGCGCAUGCGCCGGCUGAAAUCUGAUUCGAGUUUAAAAAGCAGUGGCAGCAGCCACGAGCCAGACGGCGGCAGGUGCGUCACUGUGAGCGUCAGGCACCAGAUUUGGAGCGGCACCUCGGAGCUCCUCUGGCGCUGAAUCCGCUCUAGGGCGCACCGAGGGGCAGCGCCAUGCACACCCCGGACUACGCGAUGCUCCUGAGCGAAGGGAACCAGUCUCUGCUCUCCGGUUCCUCGGGUGACCCAACGAUGGAAGCGCCCGGGAACAACACCGCGCACACGAACGCAUCCGACCCGGACGCGCGUAACGAGGAGGUGGCUCAGAUCGAGAUCAUGGUGCUGACCGUCACCUUCGUGGUGGCCGUGAUCGGCAACGUGAGCGUCCUGCUGGCGAUGUACAACACCAAGAAGAAGAUGUCCCGGAUGCACCUCUUCAUCAAACACCUCAGCCUGGCGGACCUGGUGGUCGCCUUCUUCCAGGUGCUGCCGCAGCUCUGCUGGAAGAUCACCUUCCGCUUCUACGGCGCCGACUUCCUCUGCAGGAUCGUCAAGCACCUCCAGGUGAUGGGCAUGUUCGCGUCCACCUACAUGAUGGUGAUGAUGACCCUGGACCGUUACAUCGCCAUCUGCCACCCACUGAAGACCCUCCAGCAGCCCACGCAGCGCUCCUUCAUCAUGAUCGUGUCCACGUGGAUGUGCAGCCUGGCGCUGAGCACUCCGCAGUACUUCAUCUUCUCCCUGAGCGAGAUCCAGAACGGCUCCAACGUGUCCGACUGCUGGGCGCACUUCAUCGAGCCGUGGGGCGCCAAGGCGUACGUCACCUGGAUCACCGUGGGCAUCUUCCUGGUGCCCGUGGUCAUCCUGGUGUUGUGCUACGGCUUCAUCUGCCACAGCAUAUGGAAAAACAUCAAGUACAAGAAGAGAAAAGCGCCGCCCGGCGCCGCGACGCACAACACCGUGUUCAUCGGGAAGAGCUCGGUGAGCAGCAUCACCACCAUCUCCAGGGCCAAGCUGAGGACCGUGAAAAUGACGCUGGUCAUAGUUUUGGCGUACAUUGUUUGCUGGGCGCCGUUUUUCAUCGUGCAGAUGUGGUCCGUGUGGGAUGAAAACUUCCAGUGGGCCGAGUCUGAGAACACAGCAGUGACUCUGUCCGCGCUGCUCGCCAGUCUCAACAGCUGCUGCAACCCGUGGAUAUACAUGAUCUUCAGCGGCCACCUCCUCCAGGACUUCGUGCACUGCCUCUCGCGCUGCUUCAAGAUGAACACCGACUUCAAGAAGGAGGACUCGGACAGCAGCCUCCGGCGGACCACGCUGCUGACCAAGAUGACCAAUCGGAGCCCGACGGGCAGUUCGAGCAACUGGAGGGAGCAGGACAACUCCCCAAAGACCUCCAUCCAGGCAGAGUGAACACACAGUCAGGCCACUGGGAGUGAACGCCUGUCUAAGAGUGGCAUCCCAGAGACCACUCCCAUGGGGAUUGACUGAAAUGCCCCGCCCCCAAACACCAAAAAUAUUUCUAAAUCUUUUCACACGGAAAUCCGAGCGAUGAAAUAUGGUGUUGAUGGAAUCUGAACUGAGGACAUAGAAAAUGGACACGCCACUUAAUUAUGGCUACUGGCUGGAUUUCUUGCAUGCAAACAUGGUUUUGGUUUUUUCACGACUUCUUGCGGGGAAAAAAACAUUAGAAAAACCCCGGGAGAGGAUAUGAAAUGGCGAAUCGUUGCUUCAGAUUCAUCAAGUUGGUAUACCGCCACAGCUGUUCAUAAAAAGAAGCCGACAGUUUCUCUCGGUUUUUUUGGGACAUAAUAUUGUUGAAUUCAAUUGCAAUACUUGGAAAUCCAUCGAGCCCGAACACAGUCCAGAUUCACAACGUUAUUUAUCUUGGAGAAACCUCCUUUUUCAGGAAUAUUGAUGCUUUUACUGGUGGGUAUAUGUUUCCCCCGCUGUGCUGCCAAACACCCCUUCAUGUGAGUGUGUUCCAAGGAUAAAUUAAAAAAACAUAUAGGAGCCAGGAGGUGUGUGUGGUGGUUAGAAGGACACUUCCACACCGCUCGUCUUCUGUUUCCAGCUUUUUUUUUUUAUGUUCUUCCCUCACAUGUCUUUGUUAUGUAGAGAAGAAAGAAAAAAAAAUUCAGUUUGACCCGAUGACCGACAACGCACAAGAAAAUAAUGAUUAUGUGGGGUUCAGACUACAUCUAUUAAUCACGCUGUUGCAUCAUCCACAUUUUUAUAAUUACUUCAUGUAGCAGAUGGAAGUCCUUUUUCUGAUCCCUAAAGAAUCCUGAUUAUUUCUGUCCAGCAGAGGCAAAAGGGGUCUCCUUCAGAAUAGCAGGACACACACACACACACACACACACACACACACACAUUCCACGUCGACACACUUCCCCGAUUCUUUUUCUUUUUUCUUUUUUGGAAGGUUCUGGCUUUUUUGCUAGAACAAUCUCCUUCACAUCGAUGUGCAGCACCGAAACGGUCGUCACCCCCCCCCCCCCCCUCGAGAAGAUGCAUGUUAUGACGCAUCAAGACAAUUUCUAUCUGACUGAUAGAUAUGUGGACAUAAAAAGCCACUUAAAUAUCUGUAAAUAAGACUACUGUUAUUGCAUUGUAAUGUAAAUAUGUUCAUGAAUUCUAUACGUCUGUAAUGACUUGUGUACAUUGAAAAUAAUUUAAAUAUCCUAUAUGUUGAAAUAUAUAUGUUGAUGCACUGACUACCA